UUCAAAACCAGUAUUUAAAAACAUCAUUUCCAUAUUUCAGAACCUUCCCCAAAUCUGAAACUCAACCCCAAAUCCUUUCCAUCUUCCUCCCCUCUCACACAUGUUCACGCAAACGACAUCAUCAUCUUCAACCAAUACAUUAAAUCAACCAAAAAAAAUUGAAUUUCUACUUGUCGUGGGAAAUCCUUUCAGUUUCUGAAAAUUCAUUCUCCUGGGCCAGAAAACUGAAUCAGGUACUGGUUUCUGGAAUACACAAAUGAUUGGAUAAAAGGAGGGAGUCUCAUUCCAAAACCAGAUCUUUCAUUUUCAACAUCAAUAAAUAACCAACAUGGAUAAAGAUCUUGCCUUUUGACAUACUAAAAAGAAACAAGAGGCAUGCAGAAGCAACCCAAUCCCUAGAACCCAAUCGAAACCCACCCCCACCCCCAGAACCCCACCGCAACCCACCCCCACCAUCACCCCCAAAAUACCAAAAACCAACCCCCCACCGAUCCAAAACUCACAACAACCCAGAGAUGAAGAAGAAGAAGAAGAAGAAGAAGCAUACUUCAACCUCCAGAUCCAAACCCCUGAACAAACCCUCAUACCAGUCCAAGACUUUGGCUAUGCAUCUCCCUGCAACCAGAUCUGAGAUGGGUGAAGAGCAGCGAGCCUGCAGUGGUGGCGGCGGCGUGCCAGAACCUCGGUGACGACGGAAGAUCUGGAGAUGGAGGGGAUGGCUUUUGCAGAGAUGGUGGGGAUGGGUUUUGGGGUUUGGAUCUGAUGAAGAAGGGAGAGAGAAGAGGAACAUAUUAAGGAAAAAAAAUAUUUUGAAAAUAUUUAUUAAAUAUAAAUGUUUAAUUAAGAAAAUAUGAAUUUUGAUUUUUUUUUAAAAACCUGUUAUUGUGGGUGAAAAGUGCUUGGUGCAAUUUUACACAAGUUUUUAGGUGAUGAUAAUAAAUUUUCCCCUUUUUUUUUUACUAGUGCUUUUUCUCUUUCAAAAAAGUGAAGAACUCAAACAGUCUCCUUUGCUCUAGGGUUGAAUUCCCAUGCUCAUUCAUGCAAAUCCACCAUAACCCAACUCACCAACCCAAAUGCUUCAUACCUUCUCCAUUUCUCGCUUCCCUUCACACCACUACUUCCCACUCUCACUCCGCAACCCAUUGCCAACAACCAAUGCAACCUUCCACACCGACCCCAAUUCGCAACAGAGCGCUUCUUCUUCUUCUUCUUCCACUGGGGAUGGCAAAGUUGAAGACUUUCAAAGACAAAAGGCGAGUAGGACAGUGAAACCACUUCAGGGUAGUGGUGGGGUUCUCCUUGGAAGGAACAGCAAAAAGGGGAAGGAAAAAACCAACUGGGUAUGCAGUGAUUGUGGGUACACUGCUGCACAAUGGUGGGGUGUGUGCCGAUCCUGCGGCGUUUCGGGUUCCAUGAAGGAGUUUCGUGAGGCUAAAUCCAGUGAUGCUGAUAGUAAGGUUAAUGGGUUUACUGUUUUGGAGGGUGAUAUGGGGUCUUGGCUCCCACACCAGCAAGGUGAGCUGCGUCCAUUGCGUUUGUCAGAGGUUAAUAGAGGGCUUGAUCAUCUGCAUUGGAGAAUUCCUCUGACUGGUCCUUUUGGAAAUGAAGUUUCUAGAGUGCUUGGUGGUGGUCUUGUACCAGGCUCAUUGACUCUAGUUGGUGGUGAUCCUGGUGUUGGGAAGAGUACUCUGUUGUUGCAGAUUGCUGCGAUAAUUGCAGAAGGGAACAAUGAUGGUGGAGCAUCUCCAGUUGUGUAUGUCUCUGGUGAAGAGAGCGUUGAGCAAAUUGGUAAUAGAGCAGAUCGCCUUUGCCUUGGGAUUGGAUCAGAUAUUUAUUUAUAUUCAAGUAAUGAUAUUGAGGACAUAUUGAAGAUAGCUCAGCAUCUCUCCCCUGGGGCCCUAGUUGUUGAUUCAAUACAAACUGUUUAUUUGAAAGGAAUAAUGGGAAGUCCGGGAGGGAUUAUGCAGGUUAAGGAAUGUACUUCAGCUUUAUUGCGAUUUGCGAAGAAGACGAACAUCCCGGUUCUUUUGAUUGGACAUGUGACAAAAUCUGGAGACAUAGCAGGGCCUCGUGUCUUGGAGCAUAUUGUUGAUGUUGUUUUGUAUAUGGAAGGUGAGAAGUUCUCUUCCCAUCGUAUGCUUCGAGCUGUGAAAAAUAGAUUUGGAUCCACUGAUGAGCUUGGAGUUUUUGAGAUGUCACAUUCAGGACUUCAGGCAGUUUCAAAUGCUAGUGAAAUGUUUCUAAGUGAGCAACACCUAGAUUCAGAAAUUUUAGCUGGACUAGCUGUGGCUGUAAUAAUGGAUGGGUCCCGAACAUUUCUGAUUGAAAUUCAGGCGCUCUGUCUUUCUGGUUCAACAGGUUCAAGGCAAGUUAAUGGGAUCCAAGCAAAUAGAGCUGAUAUGAUCAUAUCUGUUCUUAUAAAGCAAGCAGGUCUUCGUCUCCAAGAACAUGCUGUGUUUCUGAAUGUUGUUAGUGGAUUGACGCUGGCUGAGACUGCAGGAGAUCUUGCAGUAGCAGCUGCAAUUUGCAGCAGUUGCUUGGAGCUCCCUAUUCCAAACGACAUCGCAUUCAUCGGUGAAAUUGGUCUUGGCGGUGAGCUUCGCAUGGUUCCUAGAAUGGAAAAAAGGAUGUACACAGUGGCAAAAUUGGGUUACAGAAUGUGUAUUGUCCCGAAGGCAGCUGAAAAAGCUUCAGGAGCUGAAGGUUUAGAAAACAUGAAAGUUGUUGGUUGCAGGAAUCUGAAAGACGUUAUUAACACUGUAUUUCCCAAUGUAAUGAGAAGAAGAUAGUGAUGGGUCAGGUGUAUUAGUUUGAUAGUAAAUUAGAAGUAAAAAAGCUUAAAGAGAUUAUUUGAAAUGUAAAUUUAGUAUUGACAAAAAAAUUGUAAAUUUAGUGUUCAGACAGUUAUCCAUUGUCAUAUUGAAUUUAUAUAAACUUUUUACCUUUAGUUUUUUGGCUUAUUA